AUGAAGCUCUUUAUUCCUCUUGCUGCCCUGGUCGCGGUUGCCAUUGCUCUUCCCCAGGGCAAUCAGGGUAACGGUGACGCCCUCAUGAGCCGUGCCGCCCAGGUCGACUAUGAUAAGCGUGGCCCCCAGGUCGACUACGAUAAGCGUGCCCCCCAGGUCGACUAUGAUAAGCGUGGCCCCCAGAAGAGCCGGGAGGAGGAGGAGGGAAAGGAGGAGGAGGAGGAGGAGGAGGAAAGCUAUAAUAAAGGCCUUUGA